AAAUCAAAAGAUGAGUCAAACCUAUCUUUGGGAGGUUUGGGUCCAAACUGUUUUUUACAAACUGUGCGGAUUCAAAUCCACCGCCACUUUUUUAUGAUAUGUUUCAUUUUUUCCUGGCAAUCGAAUUCAUGGCAUUGCAUUAUUGAAGUUUCUUAAUUAGAUUUCAUCAAAGCUUUGGAAAAGAAAGAGAAUUUAAGGAAAGUUAAAUUACUCAGGGCAAUAAGUAAUUCUCAUCAAUUAAGGCCUGGAGGAUGUCCACAAAGAUGAAGGGCCUUCUUAAAGGUCUUAGGUACAUAUCUCAGAUAUUUGAUGAAGAGAAAGAAGCAGAAAUACAGAUUGGUUUGCCUACAGAUGUAAAGCAUGUUGCUCAUAUAGGAUGGGAAGGUGGUCAAUCUGUUGAUAAUCCAAGCUGGAUGAAAGAAUUCAAAGGAGCGGCAGGGGCUCAAUCAGCUCCUUUAGGUCCCUCUGCCGUCUCAAGAGAAAGCCCUGAGAUUAAAUGGGUGUCUCAAGAUUCAAACCGAAGAAAUUCCAGAGGUGAAGUCAAUCUAGACCGGGAUCCCGACUUGCCAAAGGCAUCAAGGCGCCAAGCAGCAGCUUCUUCCUCCGAAAAUCCGGAUUCCCCCAACAAAUCCAAGGUCAAGCACUCCCGGCGAAACCGCUCCAAGGAAGCCGCGUCCGACGCCGCAAAGUCCGAUUGCCCAGCUGCCGGAGAUCUCCCGAAGAAGUCACGCCGAAAGAAGUCCAAGGACGGCAUCGGCGAUGGCGGCUCCACCAGAUCGUCGAGAUCGUCCAGGCGCAGCGCUGCUCAGGAACCAGGCCAGCAUGCGGAUGCCGAAGCAUCGGUAAGGUCAGUGUACAGUGACAUCGCCGGCGACGGUUCCACCAGAUCUUCGAAACGCGGUGAAGUUGAAUGAGCAAAGUGGGUUACCGUUGUCAUUUCUGUUAAGCAAUGGCAGGAUUGGAAAUUGAAAUUACGUUUUAAUUAAUUAACUAGUGAGGUUUUAAUUUCUGGGAAUUCGAAAUCUGGAUUCCCGCCCACAUAUUUGUUCAUAUUUUUAAAAUUUUAGUUUCUAGUUAAUUGACUUCUAUAAUUAACAAACACUGGGACACCAGAUUUUCUCCAAGACUCAUUCAUAGAAUCUUGCACCAAUGUACCAUGUCAAUCGGUCUCCAUUCGUUUCAUUUUGUAUA